UAUGCCACACCUGCCAAAAAAGAUGAUGUGUGGUGUACUCGCUCGCCUUGUGGAAAUGAGAUGCUCUUGUCAGGGUGAAUGGGUCUGCUUCCAUCUGCAAAGGUGGUACCCGAUUGGGCAUGGGAAGACUACACCCUCCUAUUCCAACUAAACAUUAGGAAGAACUUUCUGGCAGUAAUAGCUGUUUGGCAGUGGGACAGACUCCCUUGGAAGGUGGUCGGCUCUCCUCCGUUUGAAGUUUUUAAACACAGGUUGGAUGACCACCUGUCGCGGAUGUUUUCAUUGUGAUUCCUGCAUUGCAGGAGCUUGGACUAGAUGGCCCUUGGGGGUUCUUCGAACUCUAUGAUCAGAGCCCCAGCCUUCCUGCUUCUGAAGUGGCUGAAGUUGGGGUGGGAAGGCACAAUCCAAUCCAGGUUCCCACCAUUCAAGCACCCCUUUCUGCUUUUUCCUUGGCUUCCUCUUGCACCCCUGCCUGCCAACCCAUGCUCAGUCCCAUCACCUGUGCUAUACAGUGCUGUUUUAAAUGCCUGCUAAAAUAUUUUCUUCUCCAGUGGGUCUACCCAGACGCAUGAUUUGUUGUAUCUGCUCUUACCUUUGUUUAGUGUUUGUCUGUGUUUAUUGCUCUUAAAUGCCUAGGAAUGUUUUUACAUGUUUCAGAUGCAUUAAAUAUGUUUCUAUUUUGUUUUUUAAUUGUACUGUUUUACCACAAGUGUUUUUGCUUCCCUGCGCUCUUUUGGGAGGGUGGAAUGAACGAAUGGAGUACAAAUAGGAAUAGGGUACAGAUUCUGUACACUAUCACCAUCAAUCUCUCUUAAUAGCAAAUGGAAGCAGUGAGUGCCAACAGUUACAUAGCCACUCAAAAGCAAGAGAUGAGGCAUUAGUGUCCUUAGGAGAACACCAAGGUUUGCAGCAGUGCCCCCCCCCCACUCCCAAACGGGCAAGGAAUGGAAUGGAGUUUUCUAGAGGAGGGGCUGGCUGGCUGGCAUUUUGAACAGGGCUGCUCCUUGUAAGGGAUAUUUAAACUAGGGAUGGGAGAGAAAUUUGAGUUAAUUUGCAUUUAAAGAUAAAUCUCCCUAAUUUGCACUUUCCAAAACAAUACAUGGACUGAAACACAACCCAUCCUUUGAAAUUCACACUUCUCCAGAUUUUGCGGUGCAGUUCUCCAGCCAACUAAUCUGUCCAAAAACAUACCAGUAUAUACUGGAAUAAAGUGUCUGUGAAAAUUCACAUAAUAGUGAAAACAGCAUACAAAACCAUGUUAUUUCGGGGGAAAGAGUAUUGCAAAAAUGCAUCUAUUGGGCAAAAUUCCAUGGAAACGUGUGUAUUAUGAGAUAUCCACACUAGAACACUGAUGAAUUUUCAUGACUUUAACAUCACUAACGUAUACAAGUGACGAGCUGAAUUUAAUAUCUGAGAAAUUAGAAACUGUAAUUGACAGAUUCACUCAUCCCUAACACCAGUAAUUUUAAUGCAGGUCCUCUAAUAGCGAACUCGGGUGGUUGAGUCUCUCAGCACGUAAGCAAGACGGGGCCACCCCAAAAUAAGACAGUGGCUUCUGCAUCCACGGGCAAUGAGCUAGAAAUGCAGAAGUAUAUGCAUUUGUGAUUUUAAAAGCAAAUGGCAUUUUUUUUAAAGUAACCCCAGAUGACAGAAAUCUGUGGGCUUACACAAUGCUGAUGGUAGUUGGAAUGAUAGAGAGAUUAAAGGGUUUCUAAAGAAUGCAGGAUAUGGGCAGACAGUGUGAGUCUGUAUAGCUGAGAGUUGUAGAGGCACAAAAUGUUUUAUGUUGAGAAGGGGAGGUGAGGAGGAUCGAGGAAGAGUGGGAGAUCUAACCUGACCAAGCCCCAGAGAAUAUAUUGUAGGAUUCCUUGGGUAGAAGUGUGUGUGUGUGCAUUCAAGAUGAAACUAGUUCACACUGUCCACAACAAAAAACGAAAUGCAACUAUCAUUUGGAAUUCGCUUCUCUUGAAUUUCUAAAUGCUUUUCUCCAUCCAAAUGACAACUGGUGUGCAUGUGUGAGAGAAUUGGGGGGCAACAAGUCCUGCAGCAGCACUGCUGGGGGGGAUUCAUCUAUUGGGGGAUUGGCCGUGGGUUGCCAGGGGGAGAGAGUGGGCCAAGAAGGAAGGUUGGCUUUUCCACUGGCAAGGAUAUGGAUUCCUGCAGCAGUGCUCCUUAGAAUAAAUUGCAUUAGUGCUUCUAGAGAAAAAUACAAAACUGAAUACCAAAUCUAUUUUCCUCUCUCUCUUUUUUGUCCAAACUAAGACGUUGAUCUAAAUACACUAAAAAGCAUAAAGAGAGAGGAGGAAUAAAGAGAGAGAAAAAGAAAGAAAGAAAAAUAGAAAAACGGAUAAAAGAGAGAGAGAGAAAAUUCUGAAGGUAAGAAAAAAACGAAGCUCCUCUAGAAUUCUGCUGGAUCCCAGAGCAAGGAGAUGAUGCAGGUGGAAAUCAGUAACGAGUGUUGGAGAAACCUCAUGAAUUAGCUAUGUCCAGGAGGAAGUCGGAGAGCAAGAGUACUCCAGGCUUGUUGCCUACAUCUCUUCAGACACAAAUAAAAAUGGAUAACUUCUACAGUUUCUAUGAAAUUGAAUCCAAAGAGUUGGGAAGAGGAAAAUUUGCUGUGGUGAGAAAAUGUAUUGCAAAAUCUACAGGCCAGGAAUACGCAGCUAAGUUUCUGAAGAAGAGAAGAAGAGGCCAAGAUUGCAAAGCAGAGAUCCUACAUGAAAUUGCUGUUCUAGAAUUAACAAAGCUGAGUCCCCGUGUGGUAAAUCUCCAUGAAGUCUAUGAAACAACAAAUGAAAUCAUUCUGGUAUUGGAAUAUGCUGCUGGAGGAGAAAUCUUUAAUUUAUGUCUCCCUGACCUAGAAGAAGCAAUAGAUGAAACUGAUAUUGUUAGACUUAUACGACAGAUACUUGAGGGCAUUUGUCAUCUGCAUCAGAACAACAUUGUCCAUCUUGAUUUAAAGCCCCAGAAUAUUUUAUUGAGUAGUGUAUGUCCCCUUGGCGAUAUAAAAAUUGUUGAUUUUGGCAUGUCUCGGAAAAUUGGCAAUUGCAUUGAACUACGGGAAAUUGUUGGGACUCCCGAGUAUCAAGCACCAGAAGUCUUAAAUUAUGAACCUAUUACUCCAGCAACAGAUAUAUGGAGUUUGGGUGUGAUCUCUUAUAUGCUGCUUACACACGAAUCUCCUUUUGUGGGAGCCGACAAACAAGAAACGUACCUCAAUAUUUCUCAAGUAAAUGUGGAUUAUUCAGAAGAAACAUUUGCUUCAAUUUCACCAUUGGCCAGAGACUUCAUUCAAAUGCUACUUGUUAAAAAUCCUGAAGAACGACCAACAGCAGAGGCCUGUCUGUCUCACUCCUGGCUUCAGCAAAGAGAUUUCUUCUUGUUGUACAGCCCUGAAGAAAGCCCCAGUUCUUCUCCAACACAUGAUCAUAUGAAUAAGUGCACAGAAGAAAGAAAUACUAAUAAGUGCAUGUGUAAUGGAAUGUGCAGCGAGCGAGAGGAUAAAGAGAAUAUUCCAGAAGACAGCAGUACAGUCUCCAAACGAUUCCGCUUUGAUGAUUCUCUCCAGUACCCCCAAGAAUUCACAACAGACUUUGUAUGCUAACAGAUGCACUCCUGAAUGCUAUUUUGAACUGAAUUUAGGAUUCUGAUCUACUCCUGUGGCACAUGCUUUAAGAUUAUGGCUUGUCCACUAUUGCAUUUUGGUUAUCCAAGAAAUGCACUUUCAGUUGAUGUUGUGUUGGCCCUUCUUUGUGCUACCAUUGCUGGCAAUGGGUUUGACUCCUGGGAAACUGGAGUUCUGGCACCUGAAGUGGAUUGUCUUUGGAGGCAGACAAGCAACUGAGUAUUUUUUGCACUUUUACAUUUGAAGUCCAUAUAAUGGAUUUUGGUGUGUUGAUACAUAAAAUAGGCAAACUGGGAAGAGGAUUUUUAAAAUGUGAGCAAAGAGUCAGCCUUGUUCAAACACACCAUAACUAUGUUCUAAGCCAAAGAGUGAUGUAAAAAUACAUAUGCAGUUUCAUUGUUAAUAAAGCUACAUGAAGUUGACAAAGCAGAGAAAUGGGCCCUUUUGUUCAAGCCUAGCAGAGCAGCCUCAUGCUGUCAUCUUUUUGUUGAACAGAUUCAAAUCAGUGACUUAUUAGUACGGUAUAUAGCUGUACUACAAUGAAUCCUUUGAGCCUGUGUUUCCCACUUGGAAUGUUGACUGGAGUUCAAGUGGCUUCCUGACUGGCAGCCCCGAGGCUCUUGCAUGUUUGCUCAGAAGUGAGCCUCACUGGGUUCAGUGUAGAGAGGUUUGCAGUCUGAGACCAUUUUAACGUGAGGCACUUAAAUAACCAUUUGCAUUCCACAAUUCUGUUAUGCAAAUAUAAUACCCAGAUUUUUUAAAAAUACUGAUUUAAUUUAAAAACCUUUUUGUGUAUACAAAUAACAUGGAAAAGGGUCAAAUAAGCAUUUGUGUCAUAUGUGAAAAUACCUUUAGCUGGUUUAUUUUUUUCAGGGGCUACGCAAGGGUACACAGUACUGGCACCUCUUCUUUGUUGUUAAAAACUUCAUGGUGAGUACCGGCACCUAUUUUUCUAGAAGAAAAGCACUGCCUUUACCUAUCUACUCACAAACUUGUGUCCAUGUGUUAUACCUUUCUGGCAGGAAAAUCUGCAAUGCUAUAUACAGUACUACUUAAGGGCACACUAAAUUUUGUGAGGUAUUAAGUCUGAAGGCCAACAAAACUAAAUUUUAUUGAACGAGAACUUCCACAAAAGUGUGCAAUGUUAGGUUUCGUCAUAAUUUAUCUUUUAUAGAUGAAGUUGACUUCAUCAAAUUAUUCUCCUAAAUUACAACUCUCUUCUACCUUCCCAUUCAUCAGUUGAAUCCAUUGAUUGUAUCCCAGCAAAUAUGAUACUACUACUACUACUGUGUGUGUAAUGGUGUAAUCCAGGCAUCCCCAAACUGCGGCCCUCCAGAUGUUUUGGCCUACAACUCCCAUGAUCCCUAGCUAACAGGACCAGUGGUCGGGGAAGAUGGGAAUUGUAGUCCAAAACGUCUGGAGGGCCGAAGUUUGGGGGUGCCUGGUGUAAUCUAUGCCUCUUUACUCAGAAGUAAUCCCCACUAUGUUCAAUGGUGCUUACUCUCAGGUAAGAAUACAUGGGAAUGAAGCCUGUGUGUUGAAUUUCACAAGCAGUGACAUGAGGUUGGCACUGCAAGUAGUUGUACUGUAGUGAGUUGUACUUUUAGAAUCAAGGUGGUGCAGAUUCAAGCCCACAUUCAGAAACUCAGUACAGAAUUUCAGUAUUUGAAAGCCAUAUUUUCUUAAGACUAUCAGUUAAAAAUCCCUUUGGGAAGGGUGGGAUACAAAUAUGCAUUUUUAAAGUGUUGAUUUUAUUUUAAAACAGAUUUUAUUGGAAUUUAGAAAAAGGUAUACAGAAGCUCAUCUUUUUUGUCAAAAGUAAAAUAAUAUAGAUAAAAGCCUAAACAGAAACAAAAGGAAAAUAGAUAAAAGUGGAGAUAAAAAUAAUAAUAAUGGGAGAAAAAAAGAAAAUAACUUCCAAUUCCUCAUCUACCAGCAAUUUGUAAACAUUAUUCAACUCAUCCACUCCAGUAUUACACCUAACAAAGCCACUUUCUGUAAACCAACAUUAUCUUCAGUCUUAUAAGGGGUUUCCAAUGUUUAGUAAAUGUUAAGUGUCUUUUCUCUGAACAUGUCAAUUCCGCCAUCUCUGCUAUGUCCAAUAGUUUUAAUAACCAUUCAAUUGUUGGUAAAUAUGAGUCCAUCUUUGUGCAUAUAAAAGUCUUGCUGCUAUAGUCAUGUAUUGGAAGUUCCAUAAUCUGUUUCUCAUUGUUUGUCCAAGCAGGAAGAGUUCUGGUUUCAGAUGGAAGUUAACAUUCAAGAUCUCUGUAUUGUAUGAUUUUGUGUCCAAUAUUUUUUUGCUUUUUGAUGUGUCCACCAAGCAUGAUAGAAUGUUCCUUCAUGUUCUUUACACUUCCAGCAAGUAUUUGGAAUAUUUUUAUACAUCCUAAACAACGUCUCAGGGGUUAAAUACCAUGGUACAUUAUGUUAUAAAAAUCUCAACACAGUGUAUUUUAACCCUUUAAUCCACAUAUGUUGCCAUUGUUCCAUCUGUAUAUUAUGCCCAGUCUUUUACCAUGUGAGAUGGGCAGGGUACAAAUAAUAAAAUUAUUAUUACUGCUACUACUUGUUCUUGCAUUUCAAAUUUCAAUAGUUUGUACAUUUUUGCAGUGACAUGUUCACCAUCUGUACACAAUUGUAUUUCAAAGUCUGCCUUUUUUCUAUACCGAAAAUCCUCUUAUCUAACUUAAAUCUCUGUGUUGUAAGUAGGAAAACCAUUGGAGAGACUGACCUUCCCUUGCUAGUUCCCUUAUUUUAACUUUAGUCUUCUUGGUUCCACUCUAAUAAUUCUUGGUAUGUUAACCCUUUCUCUGCCUAUCACGUCUUUUCUAUGAAAUGCUUCUAGUGCUGAGAUCCAUAAGGGUAUCUUCAGGUAUAACCUAGGUUUAUAUCUAUUCCAGAUUCUCAAUAUAGUACGUCUGGUAAAAUAUUUAAGUUGACGUUGACCUUAUCAUAAGAAAAAUAUGAUGCCAUCCAAAUCUGAAGUCAUGACCUAAAGUCUCUUAUUUCUCAGAGACACUCUUUCAUCCACAUUAAACAGGCUACAACAUACUGAUUCAAAUCAGGCAGACCCAAACCUCCCCUUUCCUUUCCUUUGCAUCUUGCAAUAUUUUCAUUUUGACUUGUGUUUUUUUCCCUUGCCAUAAGAACUUAGAUAAAUCUUUUUGCCUUUAAAUGGUCACAAUAAACAUCAUUCUAGGCAGAACAUUAAUCUUUAUCACUGAAAUUCUACCUAACAGCGAGAGUUUUAACUUCUCUCAUCUUGACAUAUCUCUUUUAACUUCAGCCGAUUUUUUUGCACAAUUAUUUUGGAACAAUGUACAGUUCAUAUUUUUCAUAGUAAUACCGAAUAUUUAACUUUUUUAAAAAAAUGUAACCCUUUUUUCUCCAUCAGAACCUUCUGCUUUUCUGUUGUCAUAUUUUUGUUAAAAUUUGUUUUCUGGCAAUUAAUCUUAAAGCCUGCCAACAUACCAAAAUCAUUUAAUUUAUCCAUGAGAAUUCCUAUUCUCUGCAAUGGGUUUUCUUAAGUUAACAUCAAAUCGUUUGCAGAUGCUCUUAAUUUGUACGUUUCUUUUUAAAUCAUUCCCAUAACUCACUCUAUACUCACUUUAUACCUAGUAUCUUCUUCAUCAUCUUCUGGAAUUGGUCUGAGUCAUAAGUAGAGCUCUUUUUCUCUCAAUUCCAAUAAUGCUAGGCCAUCCAAGUAUCUUUCAAUCUCUCUGUUUGCCACUUGACUUCCACUUUCCAACAUUUCCACUCUGCCCUUUACUUAUUUUAUUUAUUGUCUCCUCCAGUCAUUGACAUUUUGUAUUUGAAAAAUGGCUAUGUCUUUUUAAGAUUCAUUUUUGAAUUCAUUCAUUUCUGUUUUAAUAAUUUUCAUCUGCUCAUUCGUUCAUCUGCUGUAUCAAAUCAACUGUACUCUGGGUAUCUAAGGAUGCCUUUUGUUCUUCUGUUUUUCCCCCUGGUGGAUGUCAUAUUGGAUAUUAAUUUUACUUCUCUUUUUUCCUUCCUAAAAGUGUUAAUUUUAGAUGGUUUUAAAUAGAAGAUCAUCUUGCAUAAAUGCACUUUUAAUAUGGAAAAAAGGUGAAACAAGCAUGCCACAAUAUGUUAUGCCAGCACUUUAUAAAACAGAAAAUAGUAAAAAUAAGUGUUUCCAUUGUGGUAUUUUUAACAAAUGUUUACAUUUCUUACUCCUUUCUUUUAGUCUUACAACUUUUAAUUUUUUUGAAUAAGUCAGUUUUUUGUCUCUAGUCAAGAGGUUUUUGGAUUUUAUACGCACUUGUAUAUAUGUAUGUAAAUUCAGGAUGUCACUUGAUUCUGACAGUGCUAAGAUUUGUUUGACUAUCUCUAAUCUUGUAAGUUUUCUUACUUGUUUAUGCCAUAAGUUUGUAUAUAAUUUUAUUCAAAUUAUAAGUAUUCUCUGA